AUGUGUGCGAACGCCAACACACUGGAGAAUGGCUACUCUGGUCAAGAGCAUUACAACGUGGAAAGCGGAAAAGCUGGAAUCCUUCACCGAGAUAUAUCAGUCAAUAAUAUUAUAAUCCACGAGGACAAAGACAACCCUUCGUGGCUGUCAUCCUUAAUUGAUCUUAAUCUAGCCAUCAAAGAGCAGCGAGACGGUGUAUUAGGAGCAACUGGAAAGACCGCUACAAGGGCCUUUAUGGCAAUUGGCUCGCUUCUAGACGAGAAGCAUUCUUUUAUAUAUGACCUUGUAUCAUUCUUUUGGGUGAUCUUUUGGAUUUGCAUCCACUACGACGGGCCAGGUAAGGGAAGAGUUGUUGCAAGGUUUGACAAGUGGAACUUUAUGGAUAUAGAGGAGUUAGCUGGUAUGAAGAAAGGCGAGAUAUCCGAUGAAGCGGAUUUGUGA